CGAAAUUCCUGUUCCGGUUUUAUUAGCACAUGGAAGAGAAAAUAAACAUAAACAACACAUAAAACAUCAGAAUGAACAUUGUGCCAUGUUUAACGUGGGUUAAACAAGGAUCAGUCAACAAGUCACCACAAAGGGUAUUAAUUGACAGAGAAGAUUUAAGAAGAGUUAUAGAAGAAACCAAAGAUGAAAUUGAAGAAGCAGAAGAAGAAGAAGAAGAAGAAGAAGCAGAGGAAGGGGCUAGUUCAUCACAAAUGGAUGAUAAAAAAAAAAUUAAAGAUACAAAAAAUAAAAGAAAGAUAACAGACAUGGAUGAUGAUGAUGAUGAUUAUAUCACUUCAAAGUAUGGUUUAGAUGAUUAUGACGAUGAUGAUGAACAAGAUUUUGAUCCUGUUGGUGGAUUUGAUAAAGUUGCUCUAUUUGCCAGUAAUGAUGAUGAUCCUUAUAUUACAGAUAAAAGAGAAGAUCAGAGUGAUGAUGAAGAUUUUGAAAUACAACCUACAGAUAAUUUAAUUGUAACUGGUAGAGCACAUGAAGAUGCUAGUCACUUAGAAGUUUUAGUUUAUAAUGAAGUUGAGCAAUAUUUAUAUUUACAUCAUGAUUACUUGUUACCUGCAUUUCCAUUGACUGUUGAAACUAUUAAUUAUGAUGUUGGUGAUACAGGUGACUCGGGAUGUUAUGCUGCUAUAGGAACCAUGAAGCCAACUAUUGAGGUAUGGGAUUUAAAUAUAAUGGAGAGUUUAGAACCAGCAUUUAAACUAAAAGGUGCAUCAAAGAAAAAAAAGAAAAAGUCUGGUACAGUAGGUGGUCAUAGUGAUGCUGUUCUAGAUUUAUCAUGGAAUUCAGUUGUAGGAAAUGUUUUAGCCAGUGGCUCUGCUGAUUUCACAAUAGCAUUAUGGGAUCUAUCAGAAUUAAAGGUUGUUACAUCAUUAACACAACAUAUUGAAAAGGUUCAGUGUGUAAAAUGGCAUCCAUUAGAAGCCCAGUCUCUACUGUCAGGUUCCUUUGAUCAUACUGUUAAAGUAUAUGAUUGCCGUAAUCCUAACACUACAAAUAGAACUUGGAAUCUACAAGGUGAAGUGGAACGUAUUGUGUGGAAUCAUUUCUCUCCCAUGCAUUUCUUUGCGUCUACUGAUAAUGGACAAGUAUUUUAUUUUGAUAUUAGAGAAGAUAAACCAAUCUAUAAGUUUAAACCCCAUGAUAAAGCUGUUACAGGUUUAUGUUUAAGUAGUCAAAUACCAGGUCUUUUGGUUACAACAUCAGAUGAUAAAAAACUUAAAGUCUGGGAUGUUCAAGAUAACAAGCCACAACAUAUUAUUGAAAAAAAUCUAAAGAUUAACGAGUUACACUGUGUUGGUUGUUGUCCAGAAGCUCCAUUUGUAUUUGCUGCAGGGGGAGACAAAGAAGCCAAAGUUUGGGAUAUUCGAGAAAGUUUAAAAGUAAGACAACAUUUCUUUAAUCGGAUGCCGGUAAAACUACAAACAGAAUGUGAAGGUGAUGAAGCUGAUAUAUCAGAAGAUUCAGGUGAUGAAGCUGUGGGUGCUAUGAACACUUUAACAUUACAUAAUGAACAAACUGUAAUAACUGAUAAAACCCAUGCUACAGCCACAGUUAAACCCAAAUCUUCAACGAUCGGUAAACAAAAGAAAACUAAAAAUAGAAAAAGGAGGAAAAAGUUGGAUCAACUUGAUUUGUGAAUAAAGUUGUUUGAUGAUAA